UGCUGCUGCAUUAUAUCCAGAAUAUUUAUUAUUUAAUUCCCCAUAUCUGCAACCAACAUCUCUCUUGUUUCCAUUGACCUUUAAUGGAGGAGGAGGACAAACUCUCCCUCCAAAAGCCACUCAUACCCCAUUUCAGCCCCUCCUCCUCCUCCACCUCUUCCACCACCGCCGCAGCCGCCACCUCAUCCUCUUCACACCACAAUAGUGAAAAACAACACUAUGCUUGCAACAAUCCAAAAUACUUCAUCUCAGACAACAACAUCAUUCUCCGAAUCCUCUUAGUUCUAUCGGUAGCAAUUAUCUCAAUAUGGGCAAAUUUCGAAGCAUCCAAAACCUUCGACAUAAACAUAGUAAACGGCGCCGAGGAUUCCCUUGCUGGACAGCGUUUCGCUCUAUCCUAUGUCUCAAACGACAGAGCCACACGCAUAGUCCUCAACACGAGCUCCUUCGUGGAAAACCUCCUUUACCCUAACAAACACUACCCCAAGAAGCAAAUAGACAGUGUCACCCUCCGCCUCACUCGCCGGAAUCUCAACACCACCGCCACCGUCUCCCCGGCCGGGAACCGCCACCACAGCGGCGGAAAAAUUUUCAAAGGCUAUGUCAUUGACAUUAGUCCUAUUUUACUUGAAGAUAAACAUUAUGAUAAAAUGGCUAUGGUGGGUGCGGUUCAACGCGCCAUGACUCGAGUGUGGUUAUGGGAUGGUGGGUCUAGGGCCCCUCCUGGGCUCCUCGAUGGCAUGGCGGAGUAUGUUGCCGAGUUGGCCGGAUUCCGCGGUCGUGAGAGGGUUUCCGGUGGCGGUGAAGGGUUGCCGGAAUGUGAUGGUCAUCAUGGUUGGUGGUGGGAGGAUAAGGAUCCCAGGCAUGUCGCACGUUACUUGCAUUAUUGUGAAAAAUACAAGACGGGGUUCAUCCAACGGUUGAAUGAAGCCAUGAGGGACACGUGGCAUGAUCGUAUGGUGGAUGAUGUGUUGGGGGUACCAGCUAUGAAGCUUUGUGGUUCGUAUAAUUCUACUUUUGUUUGAAGUUUUUAAUUUUUUAUUUUGCAAAUAUUUUUUUUCCCAUUUGUUGUUCAUAUUUGUUAUUUAAAUUGAAAUUCCAGAUAAACAGUUGUGGUUGACAAACACUAUUUAUUCACAUAAGUUUGCA